GUUCAUCUAUCACGAGCUUGUGCGAAAUGGAGUUGCUGGACUGCAUCGACCAAGAAGCGCCUACCAGCCGUCGUCGACCUCUUCGUCGGUCUCCGUCCAAGAAACUACUCGCGGACCUGACGUUGAUGAUGAGACAGAGGAGGCCUUCGACGACCCCAUUUCGAAAGCGAUGAAGGCUGCCGAUGCUCUGGAUCGUGAGACAGAGUCACUGCAACCAAGCAACGAGCUGGAUCUCACAUCCGCCACAACUCGACCUCGGAGUAUGAGUCUCCCCAUCGGGCGUUUUCCAGACGAUUUUGAGAAUGCCCCUCCGUUUUACGUCUUUGGCGCAUCUGCGAACUCGAGCUCUCUCAUUCUCCCGGACAUGCAGAAAAUGAUUGCUCGCGACCUCGAGCUCAUUGAUCUGUGCGAGAGAUCAGAUUCCCGGGAAGCUCGGUCUACAGCACUUCGGGCGCUUCAAUCUCUUGAAAAGCGCCUGGGCACAAACGAGAUGGAGCCGCAAACCCCAAACUGUAUCGGCGAGCCAUAUUACUCGACGAGUCGAAACAAGGACGGCGCACUUUGGACACCAGCGACCGGAUACGGAUCCCUGCCUGCAACUCCUGCUGUCGUCAUGAGUGCUCAGAUCAUUGACGUGCGGUGUUCUGAGGCUGCUGCCUGCUCAAGUCAUCGCCGAGUGAGAUCAGUCGACAGAGUAUAUGCCACGGCCAGACGGAAUCAGGACAUCUCACUCUGCCGGGACUCGAAGUCAGAGCCAGUCAGCAAGCGCACCUCUCAACCAGCUGCAGAUACGAGCCCGAAGACAGAGGCAAGGCCCGUCCUACGCUCCAAGUUCUACAGUGAGAUACCAAGAGCCUCUUUCUGCAAGCCAACCCAGACCACAAUCAAACGCAGCGCACCCUCCCACUUGAGUUUGUCACGCGUCAGGAGCCGCCCAGUGUCGUACAAUGAUACAUGCACCACGACCGCCCUCACGUACAUGAACCAGAGCACCGAAACGGAGCGCAACUACGUGGAUCGAGGAGUCGAUGCCAUCGAGCCGCAUCUGCUAGACCUCCAAUUCGAGAAAAGCCACAAUUUGCCCCUGGACGCUCCAUUCGAAGUCGUUCUUCCCAUGAUCGAGGACUUGGUCAUCCACUUCAAGAGUGAGAAGUACGAUGCCGUGCUUGAUGCUAUGCUCACCGGCCUACAAGAUGGAACAUACCCCGUGUCACUCCCACCGCUGAUGCCUGAAAAUGACGAAGAUCUCGAUUCAUCCCGUUCGUCGACGUCGUCCCACGGAUCCAUACGACCAACAUCCGAUGUGGAAUACUGUGGGGUGUCUACAAGCACUGUUCCGACCUCAGUGUAUCCUGUUGAUGCUGACGAUUAUGAUCCUUAUGCGUCCCACGGAGACUAUCUACGACAUACAGAUUCUCCUUUUGGGAACAGACGAGCUACAAUGGACAAAAAUGACACGCCAUUACAAGCGACAUCGAUGGCCACAAAGGCUUCGCGGCCCACGGCAGCACCUGAGCCGUCCACGCCUGUGGAGAAGAGUUUCCACGCCUUCCAAACGAACGACUGCCGCAAUGCAGUCGGGGUGCAGAACUCACUGAGAUCCAUCUUGAGCAUUUACUUUCCACCUCAAGACGGGGGCCUCAACCAUUUGAAGUUCUCCUCCUUGCCCGAGAUGGGUGGGAUGUGGCAACCCGUUUUCCGCGACGGUGACUCGGAUGGUUCGCAACCCCGAAGCACCAACAUCGAUCUCAUUCUAGCAAUCGGCGCCCAGAAAGGCGUCGAGCGGAGUUUCCUAAGCGCAAUCAGCGGUUCCUUGGAGAAGCUCGGGUCCAAGUCGAAUGGCAUUACCCACAGUGGACGGCUUGAUUUGCGGUACCUGAUUGCCAGCGCCAUGCAGACCUUCACUGCCCAGCCUCUGGCCAACCAGACUACAGACAAUCCCUUUACGAACUCGCUGCUGCUCGCAACUCUCAUUAUCCCUUUUCUCGAAAUGUACUUGGCUGCUCACGCCGACACUAGAUUCCUUUUGCUGGAAUAUCCACCUGAGCACUUGACCACAGUGCUCGCGCUUCAGAGACUCAUCGGCGUCGAUCUUCUCAAGGUUUCUGGCAUCAUCGAUGCCGAAGCGGGGGAGCCAAAGCCAUUUUCUGGCUUCAAGGCACAAUCACAAUUGAGGCCGAGACACUCUGCAGCGCAGUCUGUCUCUUGCAUGUCAGACGCAAGCACGACUUCCGUUGCCACAACGGCCACGCUGCUAUCGCCCGGACCGCGCAAGAGCGAAGCACCGUCCUUCUCAAAGGCGAACUUCCUCCUGACUUCGUCCGCAACUGAAUCCGAAAUUGCCACUCUGAUAUCCACCAUAUGGAAGCUUCUUGUUGACAUUUCGCCAUUCUACAUUCCUGAAGGUGCUCCCAAGAGCCACGCAGCCAGACGUGUGAUCGAGCAGCGACAGGUCAAGCGUGUCCCAAGUGAUCUCUAUCCUAGGUUACCUACACCACUCAUCGAAUCCACCGUCCAGUAUGCGCCCCUUGCCGCGGCUACGGCUAUGAUGGGUUUUGCUGCUGCCGACAAUGAUGCGGACAGUGUCUUUCAGAGCACCUCACCACAAGCCGUAGCAAGCCCUACCACUCCUCUGUCCCCGAUAGACAACUUUGCCGCCGCCGCUGCUGAGCGGCGCCCGCCUACGCCACCAGUCAGGUCAUCAAGGGCAUCAAUCACAGAAACGAUCAGGAGCAGCAAGACAAUGCGGACCAUGGCAAGCCAGCGGAACAAGAUCCGCAACAUCAUGCUCGGUCGCGACAUCGAAGUGGAGCUGCCCGUCCCGUCGCGGCCAGAGACCAUGAGUGGGUCGUUCUUUGAUCUGUCCGACGACGAGGACGGCCGCUUCGCCGCAGACGAGAGGAAGUACAUGCCACUCUUCGGCAGGACGCCAGUAGUCCGCAAGGGAAACAGCCGCAAAGCGCUCAUGUGGCUGGGCUUGUCGGUCGAGCAGUGACAGAGACGAUGCCACCCAUGCACACACACACACACACACACACACACACACACACACACACACACACACAAUAUUGAUAUACCUUUCUUUUCCGCUUCUUUCAC